CCAAACCAGCUUUUUCCUCCUAGUUUUAUAGAAACGAGUGUUUGCCAGUUAUAUCAACAAAGGCCAAGCAUGCUGUUGUCGUAUCAUGCUCAGUUUAUCUCUGUAUAAAUUCAGAACUAUGAAUAGUUUAUUAAAAAAUCGGUUAUUUUUCUCAUUUAGAUCUAUUCGUUUUUUAAAAUAAUUAUUCAGUGAAGUGUAUAUUAGUCAACUUUCAGUUCAUAAUAUUAUUUCUUUGAAAUGGCAAGCUGUUUGCUAUCACAUCCCUGGCAUAUUUUGUUUCAAUGAUGGUGUCAAGAGAUGUUUGCUGAAUGAUGGUUGCAACUGAAAGUACUUCCAUGUAAAGCGAUGAAGAUAAGGAUCACUUAAUUGAGAGUGCGUUGUGUUCUUGUGGGCUGUGCUUGCCCUGGAGGAUGAAUGCUGCCAGUCCAAGGACAAAGUGAAUAUUGUAUCACCUCGAAAUGGAAGCUUUCCCUUCGAAAAGAAAGCCUGCUACAAGACUACCACAAUUCAACUUACCAAAGUUGAAAAAGAUAAAAAGAGAUUUAUUGACAAAUCUUCAGCUGGAUUCACAUGAGUGUCAGUAUGAAAUUCUGGCAGUUGUGCGGAAAAGUUUCCACUUCAGGGAUUCAAACACCUGUUAUGAAUUUUUGAAAGUACAAGCAGUCCAUAACCCUGAACUCACAGGAAAGUAUCUUGAGAGAAGGAAAGAGAUGAAAAGCAAUGGAUAUCCCGAUGCUAUUGUUGCAGACACUUAUGCAUUUGUUUCUGUUGAUAGCUCAGCCAUGGCAGAAAAAAUCUGUAAAGAAGGCCUACGUUGUGGCAACCAGCAAACCUCUGCUCUUGGAGUUCCCAGUAUGGCUGUCCACUUAUGCAAGCACGCUGAUGUUGUAACUCCUUCGAAGCCAAAACCUGGAGAGAGAAUGAUGUUGGUGUUCAAAGUUGUUAAGGGUAAAGUGAAGACAGUGCUGUGUAAGAACACUAGUGCACAGCUGGAGCCCACACCAAACUGUGAUUGCCACGUGGCCAAAACCAAUGUAGACCAGACUGCCAAUCUCGCUCCCCACAUGUUUUUCUACUCAACACAGCUAUAUGUAUACGAGUACGGGGACUUUGAUUUAGAAGACUACCCUCGGCAAGUACUGCCCUAUGCCAUUGUGUCUUACAAAGUCACUGACCCUCAACUGAUGCCAAAGCCUAUGUCAAACUUGCCUCAGCUGCAGCAGUCUUCCAUGCUGGGUCAUCAGGUCCCCAGUUCAACUGCAGCUUCUUUAGAGUCUCCAUCUGCUCAGAACUCAGGUCCCAGCAACGAAGUGUGGAAAGGCAGACUGCAUGUGAGACUGACAGAAGGGGGCCACAUCUACAUUGAAGUCUCCAUAUUCUCAUACUUUGUGCCUCUCACUGUCAACUUGAUUUCUCCAAUCAAAAUUCAUGCUCUUUACCCAGAGCACAAUGCACAAUUCACAUUUUUUGCGGGACUGACCAACAUUUCCCAAGCAGAGGAAGUAGAGUGGAGAGAACACUACUUCCGCUCCUGCUUGAUGCGACCCAGAUCAAACAACGAGGAGCAUUUCAAGGCUUUAGUCAAGCACAUAAGUACCAAACGAGAGAUACCAACAGUCAGACUGCCCAAUGAUGUAUUUAUGUUCCUUAUGCCCAACUCCUUGCUGUCUUCGCAGUUAGGUUUCACUCGCUCUGAGGACAGGGCUCCCGUGCUUCACUGCGUCUUGAUGUCAAAAUUUUCUACAAUCAAAGCUGAGAAAAAGAAGCUGUCAAAGGAAAAGAAGGUUGUCUUUCACAACUUAGGACGAGCAACGUCCUGGGAGAAUCUGUUUGACGAUUCUGAUUUCUCUGAAGAUGACAAAGAGACUAAUAAAUCAUCAUUGAAAGGAAAAUUGUCGGUACGCCAGUUACGUGGUAUGUUUGACUGUCAAAGGGGUAUUCACAAUAAGUUUGCUGCAAUGUCUUUGAUGGACGCUGAUGUGAACUUCGGCACAUGUGCUUGCCGGAAACUGUCGGUGGCCAAGAGCCAGCAACAGCUGCGGCGUGAUGAAGAUGUGAAGCGUGUCUUCGCUGCUGUCCAGUCAGCUGUUCAUACCAGCACCAAGUCGAAGAGCCACUUCCCCCCGGGCUCACGGCACAAACCAAAACAGAAAAUGUCCAGGCGGGCGAGAGAAAUGCCCUCCUUCAGUCCACAUGGCUCUUCAGAGUCGGAUUCCGACUCCAAAGACUCUUCCGACUCUCGUAGAACUGCUGAAAAGAGGAAGCAAGAUAGGUUCUCUCUUCUUCACAGCACAAAAACUGUAGAGGAAGAACUGAGUGAAGAGGAUGAAUUGACCAAUGAACAAAUGGAAGCAAUUAUUUUUCUUCGGAAACCUGCCCUGUCUACUUCCAGUUCAGUUCUUAAGGUCAAAACCCCAAAGACUGCCUCUCCUGUACUCCCAGAACAUAAAUCAUCACUGAAGUCCUCACAUUCCACUUCAGACUUACAGAAAACUUCCAAAGACCCCAGUCUCCACCUACGUUCAACGCCGAAAAUAAUUCCAACCGAGCCGAUGGAACAGAUAAAACGAAACCCAGCUCUCAGAAAAGAUACAGGCCAGUCUAAAUAUGACUCUGUUCUCAGAAAAGAAGCAGAUGAACUCAGGCAAGAGCUGGCGAAACUACAACCAAAAAUUAUUCCCACAGAGCCUGUUGUCUCUGUGAAAGAACCUUUUUCAUCUUCAAAUCCUGCUCAGGCACGAGCAAUUGUGGGAACAACAGUCGUACCCAAACCCUUAAAGCCAUCGCUUGGAUGCACAGACAUCCCAAAGUGUACUAGUUCUGAAGUGGUGACAUCCUCUCUUAACCACAUAGCUGCUUGUCAUGACUCCAAUUCAAAAACCAAGUCUUCUCCCAGCUCGACAGAUCUCUACCGUCACACCAAUUCCAUAUCAUCAGCAUUGUCUUUUAGCUUUUCAGACUCGCCCGUUCCCAAUAGUUCCAGAACUUCUGUGGCUGAGUCUUCUCACAGCCAUACUGCUGCUUCUGUUCCCACAAACUCCAAAAUUUCAAAGUCAUCUUCUUCCCUGUCCACUGCGUCUCCAGUUACCAGCUCAAAACCUUUAAAAUCUUGUCUCAGCCGGUCAAAUACGACCUCGAAGACAGACCCCACACCUGUGAAACCUUGCCAUGGUCUCUCGGAUACUUCUUUUCAAGUCAGUUCCAAACCAGUGAAGAAUUCCCUUGGCAACGGCAAUGUUCCUUUUUGCUCCGGUACCACUUCGAAUCCAGUAAAGUCUUCUCCCUUGGUGUCAGAUGCUCCCAUGUGUAUUGACUCUCCAAAGAAAAGAGGUGCUUUCCCAUCCCAUGAGGAGAAUGACUCUGAGGAUGUGGACAUGAGAUUGCCUCACUCCCACAUUCCUCAGAUACAUCCAGCUUUUCUCUCAGCCUCCACCACCAUGACUUCUCCGUUGCCUUCUCACGGACAACGACAACAUCAGUCUAUCUUGAAAUCUCCAUCAAAAUUGUUUGUGUCGUCGCCUUCCAAAGAACAGAAAGGGCAGCUCUCUCCAAACCUCGCCUUCGGCUCAUGGCUGGCCCCUGGUGAGGUCCUUCCUCAACAACCCCAGACUCUGUUGAAUCCUGCGAUGUCCGACUCUCAGCAGAAGGAUCCGUUCACAAACUCCUCGCUGGAGCCCUUUGAUGCCCCGUCUCCAGUGUCGUUGCCAGACGAAUCUCCUCCCUCCCCGGCGCCCAUAGCUUCCCCUGUGGACAGCCCUGCCUCGCCCAUGGAGUCCCCAGCAUCCCCGCCCUCCCCCUCACCCCUUGACUCGUCAGAAUCACCAGAAUCGCCCCCACAGUCUGCUUACUCUACUCAGUUCAGAUCGUCGCCAAUAGCUAUUCCCACGGACAGAGUUAAACUUGAUGCCUCCCCGGAGGCAAACCACAGUCACAUUGCCUACUCGCCUACCUUGUCUUACGUGCCAAAUGGAGCUGGUGUUUCUGUGUCCAGAGACGGCAUUGACAGCAUUGAAGACAUGAAGGACUUCCUCAAUGCUGGGUUUGACUCGGACCUUGACAGCUCUUAUGAUGAUGACAGUGACUUCACCCCCCUUGAGGGUAGAGGUCCGUUUGCUGCAUGUUGUGCACAGGCUUCUCAAGGUGACAGUUAGAGAGAAAGGUUUUUCUGUAUGAUUUAAGCAGUUUAUUGUUGUUUUUGUUUCUUUUUCACGACUAAAAAGCAUGAUUUGUGGUUCUAUUUUGUUGAAUUUUGUGUUUUGUUAAGUUUUUUCUUAAUUGCUUCUUUUGCAUGCAUUUUGAGCUAAUUUUUUUUUUCAUUUCCUCGAGUGCUUAUGUCAUGUAGUAGGCUACUUUCCUUAUUUCUGUGAUUUUUAUGCAUUUAUUUAUUUAUCUUAAAAUUCUGUA